UAUUGUCAGCAUCAACUAGUAUGGUAUGUCCCCCAUAAUCCUUUGCGCGUUACAAUAGUUGCCAGUCAUUCUGCCGACGAGACGAAUACAGUAUGAAAGAGACAACAGCCAAGAGACGCGAGAAACCCAAGGACUCCAAAGCUGAGAAACAGAAGGAUGCGGGCCCCGUGCCACAGGAUGUGGAGAUGCCGGAGGAAGACUCGGCUACUGCAGAAAAGAAACCCAAGGAACUUGAUACCCUCACACUAGAUGACAUCAAGGAGCAUGUGAAGCAGAUAGAGAAGGCUGUGUCGGGCAAGGAGCCUCGCUUUGUGCUGAGGGCCCUGCGCGCCCUGCCCUCGACCAGCCGCCGCCUCAACCCCAACGUGCUGCACAAGGCUGUGUCUGGCUUCUACACCUCCAACGCCGCCGGCAAGGAGUUCCUACUCAGCUUCCUGGAGGAGCCCAUGGACACCGAGGGAGAUGUCCAGUUCAGGCCCCGUACAGGGAAGGCAGCUGCCACCCCCCUGAUCCCUGAGGCGGAGGCCUACCUGCAGCUGCUCCUGGUGGUUUACCUCACCAACAACAAACGCUACACAGAGGCCCAGAAGGUGUCAGACGAGCUCUUGCAGAAGAUCGGCCCUCAGAACCGGCGGGCUCUGGACCUGGUGGCCGCUAAGUGUUACUACUACCACUCCCGCGUCUACGAGUUCCUCAACCAGCUGGACACCGUGCGUAGUUUCCUGCACACGCGUCUGAGGACGGCCACCUUGCGGCACGACGCCGACGGCCAGGCCACGCUGCUCAACCUGCUGCUGAGGAACUACCUGCAGUACAACCUGUACGACCAGGCUGAGAAGCUGGUGUCCAAGUCAGUCUUCCCCGAACUGGCCAACAACAAUGAGUGGGCCCGCUACCUCUACUACACCGGUCGUAUCAAGGCCAUCCAGCUGGAGUACACAGAGGCCAGGAGGACCCUGACCAACGCCCUGAGGAAGGCCCCCCAACACACAGCUGUGGGCUUCAAACAGACAGUCCACAAGUUGCUGAUUGUGGUGGAGCUGUUGCUUGGGGAGAUCCCAGACAGGCUGCAGUUCCGCCAGGCUCCCCUGAAGCGAUCCUUAGCGCCCUACUUCCUGCUCACUCAGGCCGUUAGGACGGGUAACCUGGCCAAGUUCAACCAGGCCCUGGAUCAGUUUGGAGAGAAGUUCCAGGCAGACGGCACCUACACCUUGAUCAUCCGCCUUCGACACAAUGUCAUCAAGACAGGUGUGCGUAUGAUCAGCCUGUCAUACUCACGUAUAUCCCUGGCAGACAUCGCUCAGAAGCUGCAGCUGGACAGUCCAGAGGAUGCUGAGUUCAUAGUGGCCAAGGCUAUCCGUGAUGGAGUGAUUGAGGCCAGCAUCAACCAUGAGAAGGGCUAUGUUCAGUCUAAAGAGACCAUGGACAUCUACGGUACCAGGGAGCCCCAGCUGGCCUUCCACCAGAGGAUCUCCUUCUGCCUGGACAUACACAACAUGUCUGUCAAGGCCAUGAGGUUUCCACCCAAGGCUUACAACAAGGACCUAGAAUCAGCAGAGGAGCGCAGAGAGCGGGAGCAGCAGGACCUGGAGUUUGCCAAGGAGAUGGCUGAAGAUGAUGACGACAGUUUCCCAUGAUCCUCUGAGAGAAGCGAGUGCAAGGAUGCCUUGUUGUUUUUCCCUUUCCUCCCUACUCCCUCCCUCUUAUAAUUUUUUUUGUUUGUUUCUCUUCAGGCACAAGGCCAUUAUAACAUUUUAUAAGUAUGUUACAAUUCUAACAUACAGUCAGAACACCACAAUUCAACCCUACCACUGGUCCUCAUUGUCCCUGUUUUUAGACUUGGUCAUGCGUGUGUCACUGUAAACUUGUCCCCUCUACUUUUUAAGUACUUGCUGGGAGAAGUAUUUGGUGUAUCUGUACUGACUUUGAGGCCAGCACACAAAUAAACAUUCUUUGUCAUUUGAAUUUCUCACUUGGGGAGCACUCAUUUGUACAGUGAAUGUCUGGCAAGCUAAGAGCCGUUUAGCACAGAGCAGCUUGUAUUUGUAAACUUUUCCGUCAGGAAUGAUGUUGGCUCCUUGAUUGUUGUUCUUGCGCAAUGCAAUUAAAUAUCUUGACCGCUGCCCUUUCUAAAAUGCAGAUAUCUGGAAACUUAUAUUUCAAAAUACCUUGAGGAAAUCAAUGAAUGUGUUGGCCCUCUUCAGAACUGUGCAUGUUGUUCAAUGCUCCUGUUCCUUCCUCUGAUUUCUUAACUUAGUUCCCUCUCUUCCUCCUGCCUCAUCACAUAGUUUGCAUCCCAAUUUCCUUUUCUCACGAAGUGUGCGCUUGUUCCCUUCGCUUCAUGGAUUUUAAAGUUAAUGACUGGUAAAAUGUAAACCAGUCAUGGAAUAUAACAGUAAUUUCCUGUCAAAUUCAAGUGAACAAAUGCCCAUGUCAUCACCAAUCCAAUGCUUUUCAAUAUGUUGGAGACUAGUGAACGAGUCACACUUUAGCAGGAAGGAGAGAUUAUUGGGACACAACCACAGAUAUAUUGUACAGUUCAAGGCCCAUUGUAAGGUAAUGAUGGUUGUGGAAAGUCAGUUUAAAGGGAUAUUUUGGCAAUGAGGCAACCAUGCUAGUAGAUACUAAUAGACUUCCAGUCAUUGCGCUAAUGCUAGUUAGCAUUGGCUCGUGAAACUACCUAUUAGUAGAUAAAGGGCCUCAUUGUCAAAAUCCCGAAGUAUCCCUUUAAUUCAUACACUAACAAUUGUCAUUGCAUCUAUGAAAAUAAAAAAUGUUUGGCUUUGGUGAAGGGUGACAGUAGAA